CCAGGUGUGAAGGCACUUCCGCACCUCCAUGUGAACCGACUGUAAACAAACCGCUGCUCAUUAGUAUGCACGUGGGCGUGGCUCCCACGCAGACCACGCCCCGUGCGAGUUGAUAUUACCCAGCCUCCUCCGGGGCUCGAGCAAAGUGCAGUCCGCGUCCAGCUGCAGUCGGUCGGCCGCUGAGAGCUCCGAAGCCCGGAUACAGCAGACAAAGGUCCCCGUGCAGGGCGCAGGCAGCUCGGUUCUGUUCUGUCGGACUUUGUGCAAAGAGAAGCUGCAGCCGUGCAUGUCCCAUCCGGAGAGCUUCACACCCGGAGCGGAGGGUCGCACCGACUACCACUGAGCCCCGAGAGCCGCCAGGCAGCAGCCGCCGCCGGCAUGAGCCUCCUGCCCGCUGCCGCCCUCAGCCUGCAGCUCCUGCAGCUGCUGCUGCUGUGCGCACGCAUCCAGGUCUCUUCGUCUUCGGGACACUUUGAGCUUCAGAUUCUGUCGAUGCAGAACGUUCACGGGCAGCUGCAGACCGGCGCCUGCUGCGACGGAUCCCGGGACGCGACGGAUCGGCAGUGCACGGCGGACGAAUGCGACACCUACUUCCGCGUGUGCCUGAAGGAGUACCAGCUGAAGGUGUCGUCGGCCGGGCCCUGCAGCUUCGGCACCGCCUCCACGCCCGUGCUGGGUGGGAAUAACUUUUCUUUACGCGGCGCCAAGAGCGACAGAGCCAGGAUCACGCUGCCGUUCAGCUUCGCGUGGCCGAGGUCGUACACGUUGAUCGUGGAAGCCUUGGACUUCAACAACGACUCUUCCUCCGGCGUCGGCGGGGCGGUGAUCGAGAAAGCCGUCCACUCGGGGAUGAUCAACCCAAGCCGGCAGUGGCAGAGCCUGAAGCACAACGGCCACGUGGCUCAGUUCCACUUCCAGGUCCGACUCGGCUGCGACGAGCAUUACUACGGCUUCGGCUGCAACAAGUUCUGCCGCCCGCGAGACGACUUCUUCGGCCACUACGAGUGCGACCACAACGGCAACAAGACGUGCCUGGAGGGCUGGUCCGGGUCAGACUGCAACACCGCGAUCUGCAGGCAAGGCUGCAGCACAGAACACGGAUCCUGUAAAAUUCCUGGAGAGUGCAAGUGUCUGUACGGCUGGCAGGGUGAGUACUGUGAUCAGUGCAUCCCUCAUCCCGGCUGCGUUCACGGCAGCUGUGUGGAGCCUUGGCAGUGUCUCUGUGACACCAACUAUGGAGGCCAGCUGUGUGACAAAGAUCUGAACACGUGUGCGACGCUGCAGCCGUGUUUGAACGCAGGAACCUGCAGCAACACAGGCCCGGACAAAUACCACUGCUCCUGUCCCGACGGCUUCUCCGGGGUCAAGUGUCAGAGAGCGGACCACGCCUGUCUGUCCAACCCAUGUUUGAAUGGAGGAAGCUGUGCUGAAACCAGUCAGGGCUUCGAGUGUCGCUGUGGGCCCGGUUGGACCGGACCCUCCUGCUCCAUCAAUGUGGACGAGUGUCUGGCGAACCCCUGCAGUCACGGAGGAACCUGUCAGGACCUGGUGAACGGUUUCAAGUGUACUUGUCCUCCUCAGUGGACCGGAAAGACCUGCCUCAUCGAUGCCAAUGAGUGUGACGACGACCCCUGUGUCAACGCCAACUCCUGCCGAAAUCUGAUUGGAGGAUACUUCUGCGAGUGCCUCCCGGGUUGGACGGGUCAGAACUGUGACACCAAUGUCGACGACUGUCGCGGUCAGUGUCAGAAUGGAGCUACAUGCGAGGACCUGGUGAACGACUAUAAGUGUGUGUGUGCUCCCGGCUUCACCGGUGAACGCUGUGAGAAUGACGUGGACGAGUGCUCCAGCGGGCCGUGCCUCAACGGCGGCCGUUGCCACGACGAGGUCGACGGCUUCCACUGCCUGUGUCCGCCCGGCUUCUCUGGAGGUCGCUGUCAGGUGAGCUGUCAGUUGGAUAUCGAUUACUGCCUCCACGGCCCGUGUCAGAACGGCGGCCAGUGCUUCAACCUGGCGGCCGACUAUGUCUGUAAAUGUCCCGAAGACUACGAGGGCAAGAACUGCUCGCGCCUGAAGGACCACUGCCGGAGCUCGCCGUGCAAAGUGAUUGACAGCUGCACCGUGGCGAUGGCAUCCAAUAGCACGCCGGGCGGGGUGCGUUUGAUUUCAUCCAACGUGUGCGGCCCUCACGGGCGGUGUCGGAGUCACGCCGGCGGACAGUUCAGCUGCGAGUGCGAGGAGGGAUUCACCGGGACGUACUGCCACGAGAAUAUAAACGACUGUGAGAGCGCCCCCUGCCUGAACGGAGGCACCUGCAUCGAUAAAGUCAGUCAGUACGAGUGCAUCUGUGCUGACGGCUGGGACGGGCCGACCUGUCGGAACAACGUCGACGACUGCAGCUCGGCUCCGUGUCAGAACAGAGGCGUCUGUCGAGACCUGCUCAACGACUUCUACUGCGAGUGCACCAACGGCUGGAAGGGGAAGACCUGCCGCUCGAGAGAGAGUCAGUGUGACGAGGCGACCUGCAACAACGGAGGAACCUGCUACGACGAAGGCGACGCCUUCAAGUGUCUGUGCGCGGCCGGCUGGGACGGCGCGUCGUGUAACGUCGCGAAGAACAGCAGCUGUCUGCCGAGUCCCUGCGAGAACGGAGGAACCUGCGUGGUCGACGGAGACGCCUUCAGCUGCGUCUGUAAGGACGGCUGGGAGGGCGCCACCUGCAGCCACAACGCCAACGACUGCAGUCCUCAUCCCUGUUAUAACAGCGGGACCUGUGUGGAUGGAGACAACUGGUAUCGAUGUGAAUGUGCUCCGGGGUUCGCCGGUCCGGACUGCAGGAUCAACAUCAACGAGUGUCAGUCGUCGCCCUGCCCCUUCGGCUCCACCUGUGUGGAUGAAAUCAACGGUUAUCGCUGCGCAUGUCCGCCAGGAAGAGCCGGCUCGCGCUGCCAAGACGCGUCGGGGAGGCGCUGCGUGGUCGGAGGACUCGUGGCUCUGGACGGAAGCAGAUGGGACGAAGACUGCAACGAGUGUCGCUGCCACAACGGGAGAGUCAGCUGCACGAAGCUUUGGUGUGGACCCAAACCGUGCAGACUUCACGGUAAGACUCGUGGCUCCGAGUGUCCGGCCGGUCAGACCUGCGUCGCCAUCCGGGACGAGAGCUGCUUCGUCAAGCCCUGCUCCAGCCAGGGCGAGUGCUGGAGCCCCGCCCACCGGGCCCCGCCCACAGCCAGGUGUCACACAGAGAGCGGCUGCACCAACGUCACCUUCACCUUCAACAAGGACGUCAUGACGAGGGGCGUGACGGUGGAGCAGGUGUGUCGUCAGCUCCAAAGCCUCUAUGUCGUCAAGAAUCUGUCCUCCGACUCCUCCGUCUCCAUGACCUGUGAGCCGUCCAUCAGCGCCAGCAAUGAGAUCCACGUAGCCAUUUCGACAGACGACCAGAGGAGAGGCAUUACCUUCGUCAAGGAAAUCACAGACAGGAUCAUGGACCUGGUCAGCAAGAGGAGCGCCAACAGCAGCAUCAUCAGUGCCAUCGCAGAGGUUCGCAUCCAGAGACGACAGAGCCACGAGUCCAACGACCACCUCGUCCCCCUGCUGGUUUCCGUGGUGAUUGUCGUCUGGGUGUUGGCGAUCGCCUCGAUGCUGCUGUGGUGCGUGAGGAGGCGGAGGAAGCAGAGCGCACACAUGGGGGUCAACACGCAACCGCUAUCGUCUUUGGCGCCCGCAGCUGAGGACAACAACGCCCUCCACAACAGCAUCAGCGCCGCCCGCGAGCAGCUCAACCACAUCAAGAACCCCAUCGAGAAAAACCCUCCAAACCACCAACACCAUCACCUCCUCCUCCAUCACCACCACCUCUGCGAGGACAAGAACUCCGUCAACGCCAAGAUUAGGAAGUCCGACACUGGGAGCCAAUCAGACGAGGACGAGAUGGACAAGAGGCUGCAGAAGGCGAGGUUUCCCCGGGCGCCGCCGGCGUACUCGCUAGUAGACUGGAAGGAACGAGCCGCCCACCACAUGACGGGCAAACACCCGCACUGGACUAACAAACAGGACAACAGGCAGCUGCAGUCGCAGAGCAACAGGAUGGAGUUUAUCGUAUAACUCAGAGACCUCGGAGCGUUUGGGUUUUUUUCCGAUGUGAAUGUCCAGAUGGAUUUUUGCUGUUUUCACUUGUUUUGACCGAAGCUGAUCUGAACGGUCCACUGUGAUUGGCUGGAUCUCCGAUUUCGUGGACGCUUUCUUCAAAAAAAAACCCCGCAGAAUUUGGACGUGCGAGGAUUCCUGACAAAGCCGGAUCAAACAAACAUAUUUAUUUAGUUUCUUUUUUUUCUGGGGGUUUGAGUCGACAUGAAGAAUCGUCCAUGUAGAAUGUUUCUGUAUAGAUGUGUAAAUAUUUUUUAAUUAAUCAUUGUGUAUAUUUGAUUUAUUAACUUAAUCGUCUUGAAGAGCCUUAAGAUAUUCUUUUUUAAAAUUUUUAUUUAUGAGGAUUGUUUUGAGUCGAAGGUUCGACGACUUCUUGAUGGAAAUUUUGUUUUUAUACAAAUAUAUUUUUCGUCAAUGCCAAAAGUGUUCUUGAGAGAAUAGUUUAUUUUUAGCCUUUUGGAUUUGGGCAUUUUCGUGCCUCAACUAAAUGUUUUGUACGUUGUAGUUUUGUUGGUGUGUUCGGACGGGGCGGGUCGCUGCUGCACGCUCUUCUUAUACAAACCAACAUGGUGGCAGACAUUUUGCUUUUGCUACUGAAAAAAAAAAAUUCUUCAAGGGACGAAACUUUUGUUUUGUUUGUAGUACUUUGUGUAUUUUGUACAGUGUAAAAACGAGAACAGGCUUCGGAUCCUGUUUGUGUGUUUGUAACAGUCUGAAUGAUUAAAAGGUUCAGGUGGAGUUUCCAUUGAUCUGGGGUGUGAGUUCAUUUCCUUCAUAAAACAUGAGACACUGUUACAAAAACUAAACUCCACAGGGAACCUUUAAGGAAGUACUUGAAGAGAGACUUCAACAAGAACACUGUAGAGCUGUCAUGUGACAUGUUGCCCGUUGUUUGAUUGGAGGAUAAAUAAGGCUGUGAAACCAUGUUUGAUUUCAGACGUCAGCCCUUUAUGACAGAGGAAUAAAAAAAUUAAAAUGUUUUCUCGUACGUUUCACUUUAAUGUUUUUUGGACCUUGAGAAAUAAAAGUAUGUUUGUUACUGGCA